UAGGCGCAGGAUGAUGACGUCCAUCGUUUAGCUAAGUUGAUCAGCAAACGGCGCAACUAAUGAGUCAAAAGGCUAUUUUAAAGAGCGUUUACCUGCAAAUAGUAUGUCAUUUGUGGUCGCUAAUGGCUUGUUAAAAGGGUGCUUAUUUAUGAGGACAUAAACCUACUUUGUUCCGUGAAGAGGUGAAUGUUUCUUGUGCGUUUAGCACAAGUCUGUAGGAAAGCUUAUAUCAUUGUAGACGCUCUAUCUCUGAUGGAGCAGCAUGAGGAGGCUGUAUUGCGCCUGAAGCAACAAGUGGAGGACACAAGUCUGAGUCCCGCUGACAGAAUCAACCUGCUGAAUGAUACUUUAAAGCGGUUUCUGAACAUGGCAGCGGCCCCGAAGGACGGCGGUAUGCUGACGAGAUUCAAGUCGCUUUUAUAUCAGAGCGGCAUCCUGAGCCACUGUGUCACCCUUCUCACUCUGGAUCUCCAAAAACUGCAAAGCAACUGCAAAGCCGCCGUCACACUGGCAUCUCUCACAAGUUCCUGUUGUGUGGGGGUGGAGCCUGGUGAACUGUCAGAGACCUUUCAUAGGCUGUUCCUCCCAUCAGUUAUGGAUGGCCUUUUGUCAUUGGCCAGUCGUCUUGCGAGGCGAGCAGAGUGUGUGUCUCUCUUUAGGAGGGUGAUGGACUCGGUCAGCUGGCUUCUGCGAGCACACGCACAGCUCACCACGCAAGUUCUCAGCUCUUCCUACUAUGCGCUCAUUCAGGGCUGUGAUGAGGUCACCAUGUCACUGCUCUUUGUUCAGAUGUGGAUUAAUUUAUGUACAGCUAGCAGUGACUUUCUCUCCAGUUUAAGUGAUGAUGCCAUCCUAUUGCUGCUCAAUGAGGCUGUAGGCCAAUUUGCUGUGACCUCUGAUGCCUCACUGGGCGGAGCAUCUGUCAGACUGAUCCUCCACAUGGCCAAUCAACUGCCGCUUCAGCCCUUUCUCUUCAACUUCAAAGGUUUGGACAGCCUAUUAGACAAAGACUGGCGAGGACGGGGCUUUGACCAAGAAGUAGAUCAGCUGAUUGCACUCACACAGUCUCGGGAAAUCCUUCCUUCUGUCGACCGUGUGAGAGCAGCGUGUGUGAUUCAGGCAGCCUGGAAAUCCUAUCUGACCAGACGAAGACUGAAGUGUCUCAGUGGAGUGGUUUCCAUGCUGCAGCGUCGCUUCAGGGCUCUCAGAAGACAACAGCAACAGCAGAGGGAUGCACAGCGGUUGCAAGAGGAGUUGAAUUUUCAGGUGUGUUUGCAGCGUCAACAGGCAAGGAGGAAGUUCCACCAGAAACAGAGAGAAUUGCUGCAGCUUCUACCGCCUGACCAGGUGCAGCCGUACCUGCUAGAAUGCCAGGUCCGUGCAGCCGUGUUGAUCCAGAGCGCCUGGAGAGGGUUUCUAGCCAGACGACGCAUUGACUCGCAGCGAGAUUCAUUGAGACUCGAACACGCUCAGCAGCAUGCAGCCAGGACCCUGCAGCGAGCAGUCCGUCGCUUUCUCCAAGAACGGCAAGCGGCAAAAGUCUUGGCCUCUGGACCUUGUUGGAUUGGCCAUAAGGGUUUGACAGAUAGCAGGAGGGCAGUGUUGAAAAGACAGGUGGAGGAAUACAUCAGUUUACAUCCUUCAAGUGCGGUGAGUCGUCAACAGUGUGAACAACUCCAUAAUGACGUGCAGUGGCGGUUGCAGGCGCUUCUGCAACAGGCAGUACAACAGAAGAGGGAGGAGCAGAAAAUUGAGUCCCUGUUGGCUCACACUCACACUCAGCUGGAUCGACUCAAAGAUGCCCCAUCCCUCUCAGCUGUCAUGGCGACCGAUAUCAAGUCCUUCCUGAGCCCUUCUGGUACCAUUGCCACUCGGGGCCGUGACGCCCACAAUUCCAGGCUACAGGCGCACAGGCUGCCCUGGUGGCGAACUUUGGGGGAGACAGCUUCAGUACUCAAUCCAAAGGAGGAGAUGGAGCUUGGUGGAGAAGUCAGGAGCUGAUGAACUGUCAAAUUGAACCAUCACAGUGGUUACUGUUAGGCUUUACACGAUCAGGAUUUUUGGGGCUGAUCAGCGAGUUUAAAAACCCGAUAACCAAUGCGAUCACAAGAUGGAGGAAUGUGUCUAUUUAAAUGACCUGUUCAUUUACUGUAUAUACUUGUUUACUUAAUAGCUCAAAAAAUUAUAUUUACAAUAAAUAAUGUAUCUUUGUUCCUCUAUUUAUGCCAGUGAGGCAUAGUGAUGGACAGAGCUAAUGAAUGGUCUUCUAUUAGAUGACAGGAAGUCAAUACAGUAAUUAAUGUAUCCACCUUUUGUGACAUUUUUGUUUGUUGGUGUGCUGUGAGAUUUGUCAAUUGUAGAAUAUGUUCCUUGGCUCCAUAACGGUUGGAUCAGCAGUGAUGCUCUAGUCAGAUCGUGUAUUCUAAUCAGUCAGGUCAAACUAACAUUACAUGACAGAAAUAAUGGGUGCUAACUUACUGUAAUUAAGUUACUUAUUUUUAAUUAAAUUACUUCACCCACACCGCAACUUUAGAGCAUGAUUCGACAGAAUGGCGGCAUGUUUACGUGCAACCGUUAGCGCUAGCACUAGCUUGUUAGGCUACAUAACGUUUUUGUUGCCUGCUUCUGCGACGUAUCUUAUUAAAAGUACGUGAACAUAUCUCAAGCAAGCCUUAAACGAAUGUCCUCUUCUUCCCUGAGCACCGGUGACCACCAACACGUUUUUCCCCAUUUUGUCCUUAUAAUACAGUCGAGCCGGCUCCCUCCAGUCUUGUUGUCGUCGCCACGGUAACGAGUGUAUCCGGUCACAUUUGAGUUGACAAGAUAAAGCCCAAUGAUCGUAAAAAAUGUGAUGCGGUGGUGUCAGAAUACAAGAUUUUAUUGCAGUAGUCUGAGUCUGACAGUGCAAUCGUGAAAGAGCAAAUUUGUCUUGUAGUCUGAUUCGGGCAUUACGUGUUGUCUGUCCCACACCGCUGACGUUUUUAAAAUUAUUAUUAUUAUUAUUUUUAAAUAACUUCAUUGGCUGUCAGAUAUUUACAGUACUACGCCAAAAGAAACACGACAGGGCUAAAAAUAAACCAGCUUUUGGAUUCAAAUAUACUGUGCACGCGGCGAUGCGGAGUUGUCUUUUGCAGAGCCAUUGAUCGGAUCGACGAAUUAUGACAUUAAAGCCAAUCAGCAUAAAAUGCUAAAUAUCGGCCGAUACCGAUCAGCCCGAUCAAAUCGGUGUAAAGUCUAGUUACUGUGUACUGUACCUGUAAAUUGACUGUCAUAUGAAAUUGUUCUGUUGCGCUGAUAAAUAAAUGUACUAUUUUUUGCA